AUGUCCGCUCCUCACGAAUAUCACCGGUCAAAUGCCCCGGACUCGCCCGACGAUAGUGACGAAGACCUCGAACUGCUCGACCCUAUCAGCUCAACCCACGAUUCCGCCUCCUCGCCGCCGCACCACAGCUCCAACGAGCGCCGGCCGCUCCACGAACUAGGUGCCCGCAUCCCUCUCCGCAACCUGCGCGUGGGCCGCCUGCGAGGCAACAGCCAUAUGCGCCACGAUGACCCCGAUGCCGAGUCUCUGCGCGGCCUCGUCGACGACGGGGAGGGGGGUGACAAGCGCCGCCAUUCGAACAAUGAUAGUAUUGGUACCAUCGGCGACGACGACGCUCCUUUGUUGCCGGGUGGUUCGCCCAGCCGACGGGCGAAACCUCAAGGACGUAUGGCCAGGUUAAAGUCGCAUGUGCGCCUCCCCAGCUUCAUGUCCGGCGGUCGACCCAUGACGCCUCCUGAGCCUCCCGCCGCCGAAGCUGAAGUAGACGACCACGAUCCCUCCUCCAACCGUACUAUCGCCGUCGGUCAAAUCCAGUCCUCCAAAUUUCCUGCAAAUGCUGUUUCCAAUGCCAAAUAUACCCCAUGGAGCUUCCUUCCGCGCACACUGUACAACGAAUUCUCAUAUUUCUUCAAUAUGUACUUCUUGCUCGUCGCCCUGUCGCAGGUUAUCCCCGCCCUGCGAAUUGGCUACCUAUCUACCUACAUUGCUCCCCUGGCCUUCGUCAUCAGUAUUACUCUUGGAAAAGAAGCCUCGGACGAUAUUCAACGCCGACGUCGGGACGCUGAGGCCAAUUCCGAGCCCUACUCUGUACUGCGUUUCGAAGAUCCUAGUGCUGGUCCUGGAAAAUCGUCUAUUGGGUCAAAGAGAAAUAAGCUCAGGAGGAAGAGCAAGACGAAUAGGUCUAGCCGUGUUUCCGAUGAGGAGGAAGGCAUGGGCAGGCCAACAGCAUCCGUUUCCGAGAUUUCCAAGCCUUCCAAGGACCUGAAAGUCGGUGAUAUUCUGAAACUUGGUAAAGAUCAGCGUGUUCCUGCAGAUCUGGUUAUUCUGGCCGCCUACAUCAGCGACAACGCAGUCCAGGAAACAACUGAGCCUGAGCCUCCGGUCUCUCCGCAGCAAAAUCUGAUCGAGACUGACGGCGACAGUGCUGCACCUGCACAGCAACCGGCUCAGGACAACUCGUCUUCUGGCAACGACUCAUCCGGAGAAGCCUUCAUUAGGACUGACCAACUUGACGGAGAGACGGACUGGAAGUUGAGGAUUGCUUCGUCUCUUACCCAAUCGCUGGACGUUUCCGAAUUCACUCGUUUACGAAUUGUGGCUGGGAAGCCGGAUAAAAAGGUCAAUGACUUCGUUGGCACUGUCGAACUUUUGCCUAAGGAGAAGAAUAGCUACGAUCCUCAUGUUGAUGAUCAGUCGGCCUCUGAAAGCACAAAAUCUGCUCCUCUUACCAUCGACAACACAGCCUGGGCGAAUACUGUCCUCGCUUCAAGCUCCACAGUCCUGGGUGUUGUUGUCUAUACUGGCCCGGAAACUCGCCAAGCUCUUUCCACCUCUGCCUCCAGAUCUAAGGUCGGUCUCCUGGAGCUGGAGAUUAACUCCCUCACAAAGAUUCUGUGCUUCCUUACCUUGGCUCUUUCGAUCAUUCUGGUUGCUCUGAAGGGAUUCGACGCGGAGACUGGACGUCCUUGGUACGUCUCGGUUAUGCGCUUCCUGAUUCUCUUCUCCACCAUCGUCCCCAUCAGUCUUCGUGUCAACCUCGAUAUGGGCAAAUCGGUCUACGCCAGAUUCAUCGAGAAGGAUCAAGGUAUUCCUGGAACGAUUGUGCGGACCAGCACUAUCCCUGAGGAUCUCGGACGCGUUGAGUAUCUCUUAAGUGACAAAACGGGAACUCUCACGCAGAACGAAAUGGAGAUGAAGAAGAUCCACGUUGGAACUGUUUCGUAUGCCAACGAGGCUAUGGACGAGGUUAACACUUACGUGCAACAAGCAUUUUCAGUCCCCCCUACCGAAGGCUCAAACGCUUCUGUCCUUAUAACGCCAUCGUCAACAUACACCGUUCCAGCAACAUCUGCCACGAGGACGAGGAGAGAGAUUGGUUCCCGCGUUCGUGAUGUCGUCCUUGCGCUAGCACUUUGCCACAACGUCACCCCAACUACAGAGGAGAUCAAUGGCGAAAUGGUCACUGCCUACCAAGCAUCUUCUCCGGAUGAAAUCGCUAUUGUAAAGUGGACUGAGAAUGUCGGCCUUCGCCUUCUUCAACGCGAUCGCCACAACAUCACUUUACAGUCUGUCGAGACUGGACGCACCGUUGUCAAAGUACAGAUUCUCAAUGUCUUCCCAUUCACGUCGGAAGGAAAGCGCAUGGGUAUCGUCGUCAAGUUCUUCCAAGGAACCGAGACCAGCCCCAUGGACAACAGCGAGAUCUGGUUCUAUCAAAAGGGUGCCGAUACUGUCAUGACGUCCAUUGUGGCUGCUAACGACUGGCUGGACGAGGAAACCGCCAACAUGGCAAGAGAAGGUCUGCGCACGUUGGUUGUCGGUCGCAAGAAGCUUUCUCCCCAACAGUAUGAUUCUUUCAGCCGCCAGCAUUCCGAUGCAUCUCUUUCCCUGCAUGGCCGCGAUGCUGCCAUGGCAGGCGUGGUGAAGGAUUUCCUUGAGAAUGACCUUGAGCUGCUCGGUGUCACUGGUGUUGAGGACAAGCUUCAGCGUGACGUCAAGCCUUCACUGGAACUUCUUCGCAACGCCGGUGUCAAAAUCUGGAUGUUGACCGGAGAUAAGGUGGAAACCGCACGCUGUGUUGCUGUCAGCUCCAAGCUCGUCGCUCGUGGUCAAUACAUCCACACGAUUGCAAAGCUCAAGCGGAAAGACCUCGCAAACGACUCGCUCAACUUCCUCCGCGGAAAGCCUGAUGCUUGCUUGCUCAUUGAUGGUGAAUCUUUGGCUUUGAUGCUUACCCACUACCGAGACGACUUCAUUUCCGUGGCAGUUCGUCUACCAACUGUCGUGGCCUGUAGAUGUUCUCCAACUCAGAAAGCCGACGUGGCCAAGCUCAUCCGAGCUUACACCAAGAAGCGCAUCUGCUGUAUUGGAGAUGGUGGUAACGAUGUCUCUAUGAUCCAGGCUGCCGAUGUUGGUGUGGGUAUUGUCGGUAAGGAAGGUAGGCAGGCAAGUCUGGCUGCCGACUUCUCCAUCGAACAAUUCUGCUACCUCACCAAGCUCCUCGUUUGGCACGGCCGGAACAGUUACAAACGGUCCGCCAAGCUCGCCCAGUUCGUUAUCCACCGUGGUUUGAUCAUCAGUGUGUGCCAGACCAUCUACAGCAUUGCCAGCAAGUUUGAGCCCAUCGCCCUGUAUCGUGACUGGCUGCUGGUAGGCUACGCGACGCUGUACACCAUGGCACCGGUCUUCUCUCUAGUCCUCGACCGCGACGUCGACGAGUCGCUAGCCAACCUCUACCCGGAGCUCUACAAGGAGCUCACGACGGGCCGCUCGCUGUCCUACCGCACCUUCUUUAUCUGGGUCUUCGUCUCCAUCUACCAGGGUAGCAUGAUCCAGGGUCUCAGCCAGAUCCUGGUUGGUACCGACGACUUCCCCAAGAUGGUCGCCGUCUCCUUCACGGUACUGGUUCUCAACGAACUCGCCAUGGUCGCUGCCGAGAUCACGACGUGGCACCCCGUCAUGAUAUUCACCAUCCUCGGUACCGCUGCCAUCUACUUCGGUAGCAUCCCCUUCCUCGGCGACUACUUCGACCUCAAGUUUGUUGUUAGUGUCGGCUUCUUGUGGCGCUCCGUCGCCAUCUUGGCCAUCGCUCUGGUGCCGCCGUACGCGGGCAAGAUUAUUGGCAGGACGAUACGGCCGCCGAGUUAUCGGAAGCACAACAACCUAGAGCCUGCUACUGCUCCCGCCCCAUCCACCUCCGCCACCCUCGCCUCCAAGACCCAUUUCUCGUUCCUUGAGCUUUCUGCAGCUCGUCCGCCGCUGCACUACCUGAAACACACCCUGCGAACCCGCAAACCGCAGCUCUUCCACCAUGUUCAUCGCACGUUCGGAAUACGCACCUUCUCCCCGGAAGGUCGUCUGUUCCAAGUUGAAUACUCGCUCGAAGCCAUCAAGCUCGGUUCGACCGCGAUAGGCGUCGCGACGGGCGAGGGUGUGAUCCUCGGCGUGGAGAAGCGGGUGACGUCGACGCUGCUGGAGACGUCGUCGGUGGAGAAGAUAGUCGAGAUCGACCGGCACAUCGGGUGCGCGAUGAGCGGGCUGCAGGCGGACGCGCGCAGCAUGAUCGAGCACGCGCGCGUCGAGAGCCAGAACCACGCGUUCCACUACGCCGAGCCGCUGCGCGUCGAGAGCUGCACCCAGGCCAUCUGCGACCUGGCCCUGCGCUUCGGCGAGGGCGCCGAGGGCGAGGAGAGCAUCAUGAGUCGCCCCUUCGGCGUCGCCCUGCUCAUCGCUGGCUAUGACGAGGAUGGUCCGAGUCUCUACCACGCUGAGCCCUCGGGCACCUUCUACAGAUACGACGCCAAGGCCAUAGGAUCGGGCUCCGAGGGCGCGCAGGCGGAGCUGCAGAACGAGUUCCACAAGUCGCUGACGCUGGGCGAGGCUGAGGUGCUGGUGCUGAAGACGCUGAAGCAGGUCAUGGAGGAGAAGCUGGAUUCCAAGAACGUGCAGCUGGCCAGCGUCACCAAGGACAGGGGCUUCAGGAUCUACACGGACGAUGAGAUGGCCGAGGUCGUCGGCAGGUUACCCACCAACUAA